GAGGGGGUGUGGCCUGGAUGUGUGUGCGAUUGUGUGUACUGUAUAUAUGUUUUUUUUUUUCUACCAGCGUGCAACAUGAUCUUUGCACGCAGCUCAGGAGAGGAGAAGCCGGCUUUUACUCUGCCGUGGUGUCCGCUUCUAAGCGCACGGCAAGCGGCUUAAGGAGGAGAAUGUGGCCGGUAGUUUUGUGACUGAUGACUACAAGCUGGAGGAGCAGGACGGGGAGUAGUCGAGCUUGUCUGCGUCAAAUGUGUCGACCCUCCACUGGAUGGUGAUGAUGAUACCAUCGGUGCCUCUUAUUUGAUUCUUCCCCCCCCCCCCCCCCCCCCUCGACAUGAGCUCGCUAUUCUUCCCUGAUGGUGCACCCGUUCCGGUCGGGCACGCGCCCCCGGCGGGCACUAGCGCCCUGCGGAACGACCUGGGCUCCAACAUCCACGUCCUCAAGACGCUCAACCUGCGCUUCCGCUGCUUCCUGGCUAAGGUCCACGAACUGGAGCGGCGGAACCGGCUGCUGGAGAGCCAGCUGCAGCAAGCCCUGCAGAGGCCGCACUACCGCGGGCUGUACGCCCGUGACGUGACCGUGCAGACAGACGGCGGAACCGAGUCCAGGCUGCCCGGCACCAUCUGGUCCUUCACCCAUGUGCGCAAACAAGGGGAGCGCCUGGAGACGCUGCGCGGGCCCGGUGUGUCGUGGACGCACCCGGACGGGGUGGGCGUGCAGAUAGACACCAUCACACCGGAGCUGAGAGCGCUCUACAACGUGCUGGCUAAAGUGAAGCGGGAGAGGGACGAGUAUAGGAGAAGAUGGGAAGAGGAACUGUACAAACGCGAGAAGCUGGAGUCUUCAGUGGAAUCCCUACACCAGCGCGCCAAAGAGUCAUCCGAAAUUCAGGAUGACCUAAAUGACAAGGUGGAGAGACUAAAGGCAGAACUGGUGGUCUUCAAAAGCCUCAUGAGCGACCAAAUGUCUGACCUGGAUUCCAAGAUUCAGGAGAAAGCACGGCGGGUGGACAUGGACAUCUGCAGACGCAUCGACAUCACGGCCAAGUUGUGUGAUGUGGCGCAGCAGCGCAACUCGGAGGACAUGUCCAAGAUGUUCAGCGCCAGCUCGGCCAGGUCGCUCCCAGAGAAGCAGAGUGCCUCAGUGAGCUGCAAAAGAAAAGAGCGCAAGGCGGUGUCCAACGAGGACGUUUCCGAGAUGGACGCGGAGCCCAGCCCUCUGGAGGAGGACACGCUCAACAUUACGGACGAGAUGAAACGCAUGCUAAACCAGUUCCACUGUUCAGAUAACACCUCUGUUGCCAGGCGAGAGACGUUCGACCUGGACGACGACUGCGACAGUCUGACCUGGGAGGAGAACGAGGAGACGCUGCUGCUGUGGGAGGACUUCGCUAACUACAACGUGCCAUGCGGCAUCAUGACAGCCCCGGCGGCGGCGGUACCGCCCUGUGCCAACGCAUUACCGAGCGACGGGGGCGGCGAAGGCACGGAACCGGACUCCCACGACAAAAGUCUCGGCAGCCUCAUCAAUGAAACAGAGUCGCUUUUUAAGAACCGAGAGAAGGAGUACCAGAAUACCAUCGGGCAGAUUGAGAUGGAACUGGCCACGGCCAAGAGCGACAUGAACCGCCACCUGCACGAGUACAUGGAGAUGUGCAGCAUGAAGCGAGGCCUGGACGUACAGAUGGAGACUUGCCGGCGCAUGAUCAAAGGCGGCAGGAGCUCGCCGUCGUUAAGCUCCGCCGCCAGCAGCGACUCAGGGAACACAGACGACGUCCAAGACGAGAUCUCGGACAAGGACGUCAAUGCCGAAGUCCCCAUCAGUUGAUGACUGCUCGGGGAUGUGGUGGGGUGUGACGACAACCACAACAAGAAAAACAAAUGCUCACUGAGGCCGGCUCAGAAUCUUGGUGCUUUUGUUACUAUUUUGUUCAGUCGGAGGUGAGGGUUGUCAGAGAAAGGGGUGCUCUUUUCCCCUUGGACUAUUUGCUCGGGUUAUAGGUCAUUUUAAAAGUCUACACCCUGUGUAACCACCACUGAGAAGUCGCUGUCUGUUUGUCGGGUUAGUAAGAUUACAACAUAAUGCAACCAAUUCCCGUCACUUUUUGAAAAUCCAACACGGUUGUGCAAAGUCAAUUCCCGUCACAUCUUUGAAAAUCCAGGUCACACCGUCCAUGAUACUGACAUUGUUUUGCACCGUGUACUAAAAGCAAAUAUUUGUGGAAUAAAUAAAAUGACUCACCCUUUGAGGAGGCUUGAGAGUGACCUAAGGGAAAGGGAAAAGGAAAGUGUUAGAGAACGUGUUAAGGUUUUGUGGCGUUUAUGCUUUAAAUGACGCAGCAUGUCGGUUUAGCGGUUAGCACAUCUAACUCACAGUUAAGUCAUCGUCCGUUCAAAUCUCAGCUCAGGGCUCUCCGUGCUGGCAUUAAUUUUCUCCAGUGAGUGUAAUUGCUUGUUUGGAUGUAUCUGCCCCGCGAUUGGUCCAGCCUUUUGCCUAAAUCUGAGAUAGGCUCCAGAUUACCUGGAAUCCUAAUGGGGGAAGCGCAUGGAUGAAAUGGAUGACUAAAGUUAAAAAAUAAAGUAAUACUACUCACCCUUUCAAAAGGCCAAAAGAGAUGGAACAGGUGGGUGUCAAAUGUCAUCUAUUGGCUGACAACAUCAUCUGACCUAAUUAGUCUUCAUCGCUUUAUAGAGACCGGAUACUGUAGAUAUAACUGCAUUAAAAAAAAAGGUGACUCGACCUGAGAUAAUUUGUGACUAGACCUGACCAAGACUAAUAACUGAGGACUUGCUUGAGACUUGAAUCUUAAGACUUAGAGUUAGGAUUACCCUAUUGUGUACCGAUAAAAUCAGAAUACGACCCGGCUACAAAUUACUUCCACUUUUAGACAUUUGGAUUGUUGUUGCCAGAAUGUUUUGCUGUUGAAAAGGGGGAAAAGAGCACAGCCCUUUUUUUUUUCUUUUCUAAAUGCAUCAGUGCACUACAGAAGUUCUAUGCAAUGGGGCUGGACUUGCAUAUAGACGAGCUUCUUUAUUUCUCUCCUAAAACCAAUACAAUUAGCCUUCUAACCAAAGCAGGUGUUUUUUCUACAGCGCAUAACGCUUUAAUUCAGGUUUGUCUGUGUGUCUUUCAGUAGCAUUUUUUCCUCAUUCAAGAGUAAUGCCUUAUAUCCACUAACAGGAAGCACAUUAUUUGCAUCCUAACGUAAAAUGCUCUUCUCUAGCCUUGUGCAGCAUAUAUACAUGAUUCCAAAAGGAAAGAACACCGCCCCCAUUAUACAAAUCCAGAAUAUGAUUAAAACCAAACAGAGCCCUUGAAGCUCUAAAGCAAAAACCAAAGGUACCGUCCUAAAUCGCCUUCAUGUACUUUCUUCUAAAGUUGCUUUUGUGUGUGUGUGUGUGUUUUAAUGCAUUGCAACAUCAAUGUGUGUAUUGUACAUUGCAUUAGCCCAGAGGCCUUUUAGCUAAAACAGUGGACGCUUUAAAGUGGAACACCGGUUUCUUCAUGUUGCUUGACCUCUCGUCCCAACACUCAAGCAUACAGAGUAAAAUUAUUUCUUCUAAAUCAUUUGAAUUCCAAAUUCUACCACCAUUGCGGGGCUUCACUUUAGAGCUUCCACUGUACAUUACAAAUCUAUUUGUUAUUCAGUGCUAACGCUGCUAAUUCCGCGUCAAGAAGAAAAGACGCAUGCGGGCAGAUGUGAUGUUUCCGCAACGCGUUUGUACUCUAAUGUAUAACCUAAAAUAACUACCAAUUAAGCAGAAUGUUAUCAAAAUACCUUUUUUCCAGCAUGUUUGUACUGGAAAAAUAAGAUAGUAUAUUUUGUAGCAUAUUUUCGAAACUUGUGCCGUUUUAAACAAAAAGGCACUGACGCUGAUUACAGAUUUGCUACAUUUUUUUUGUAGUAUUCCUUUACUUUUGCCAUAAUUUGACAAGAUAUAAUAACCAUGGAUUAUGUUAAGACGAGAGUGAGCAUCACUGUACAUCAUAUACGUAUAGUAUAUGUCGAUGUAUGCAUGUACGAAUUAUGUUCUACAUCAGGAGCUUUUUAUUUUACGUUUCAUUAAAAACGAGUCUUUGUAACAAGGCUGUUGAUUUACGCAUUAAAGCUGUGAGUAGCUGUUAAAAAGGUUUAAAAAGCAGGGAUGUGUGCUUGCUUGACUUGCAAGGAUGUGAAUAUUUCGUACUAAAAAUCUUUUUUAUACUACUUUUUAAAAAUGGAUGUGUGUGUGUACCAAUUAGUAUCUCCUUUGAAUGACUUCGACAAUGCAGGUCGUAACAAAAGUUGCAUUCAUGGCCAUGUGAGGGUCCUUUAAUUUUGUUUCCAUCCAUUUGUUCAUUUAUUUCUUCUUUAUCAAAAUAAAUAUUAACAUAGUCGUGUGGGUCUGGGGCAAAAAAUAAUGAAUGUGCUCAAUGUUGGGGUAAGUUGAAUAAACAGUGAGAGGGAAACAUU